AUGGAUGGCGCCACAGCAGUGUUUAUUCAAGUCUGCUUUCAACAGGCUCGUGUGAUGGGAUGCUUCGUGGAGUUUGUGGUUGGUGGUGUCAUAUGCGGGAGUCUGGCGGCCUACAUUUUGGCAGAUUCCGCAAUGACUGGUGCCAAGGUGUUAAUAGGAGUAUUUUCAUUCGUGACUAUAGUCGCCAUGCUCGUCUUCACUGCCGGACUUUUGGGCCUGCUGGCAGCAUGGUUCGAAAACGGACGAAUGCUAAACACGUUCGCUCUAGGUCUUCUUGUUCUCUGUGUCCUCGAAUCAACUUGUGUCGUCCUGGCCUUUGUUUAUCGUGAACAGGGCUGUGGUCUGGUCCUUUUUCACCAAAUCAACGACCACUACCUGGCUGCUGGCAUCAUGUCCCUUCUGACCUGCGCGUGCCAACUUGGAGCUGUUGUUUGUGCCUCUCUUUUGUCAGAAAUGGUUGCCUCGAAGGUCAAAUCUUAG